GCCUAUCUGCAUAUCAUUAUGGAGUUGUUUAUUUGCACAGUUCACAAGACCGAACCCAUUCGUACCUGACCCUAAAGACCAACGUGGUGUCUCAGCCAGUCCUGCUUAUUUUAACUGUUUUUCAACACGACAAACAUUGAAACAUUGGACGUGACCAGGCUCGGAGAGAGCGAGAGAGGCGGUACAUGGGAGCAAAAGUAAUAAUUGCUUGCCCGUGAUUACCGACCGAGUGUGUUGUUCAAACUCAUCCUAUUAACGCUCGUCCGGAGCUGUCAAUGUAGCUCUCGGACACUUUCUAAUUGAUCGAGCAUGGAGAACAAGUGCGUCAAGCGACUAAUCCGCUCCAAAUCCGGACUGCGGAUUGUGACCACAGAUGACACGAACAAAAGCCCUUUUUUGUUGGGAGAGCCUCACUGGGUGCCAGACAAAGAUAGUGUUUGCUGCACAGAUUGUAAGAAGAAGUUUGACUUCUUAACGCGAAGACACCACUGUCGAAGAUGCGGCAGAAUCUAUUGCAAGAACUGCUGUGAUUUCCGCCUCGAGCUGCCACGAAUGUGCUUUGUUGAUCCAGUGCGACACUGUGAGAGCUGUGCUGACAUAUCACGAAAGGAAAAUGAGUUUUUUGAUAAGGAACUUAAAAUGCUGACUGGAGGUGCACUGUUUCAACUAAUAAAACUACCAGAGAGCAAUGAAAAGCGUUCUGAGUUUAUUUGCCGACUCUCCCAGGACCACAGAUAUCUCAAUUUUGAUGGCAGUGCAGAGGAGGAAUUUGAGCCUGUGCAGCUGGCCAGCAUAAUGGAACUGAAUCUCCUUCGCUCUCCUGAUGUUCCGCCAGACUUUUGGGAUGGGAUGUUUGUUACGUACAUGAACAAUGAAGGAACUGUAAAAGAAAUGACAUUACUCGCGCCCCCGGACUGCAACAAAAACCACACCAUUUCUUGGCUCUCGGCCAUGCAAAAUGGGUUUAAAAUGGCUACUGACAGCCGGAACAUCUCUUAAAUUUGCUGCGUCAAAUUUAUUAAUUUUUAUAGCAAUAUAGUUGUGGUUAUAUCUGGGGAAUAUUGCAAUAAUUAGUCCAGGGAACUCAAGAACCAUGAAACAUCUACAUUUUUUGUUAGGGGUAGGUAGGGGUUUUAUGUAUUAUAUUAUUAAGCAGUUUCUAAACAACUGAAUUUCAUGAUGUUUUGAAAUAAUGGACUUUGCUUUUCUUCUGUGUUUCCAAGAUGAAAUAUUUUAGAAAUAGAUAAAGAUCUGGGUUUACACCUCAUAAAUAAAAAUAUUAAACUUAAGGAAAAUCAUGCUUUUGUUAAUCUUUACAUAAAAUGCUGGUAAAUAUUUUAUCAGAUAAAAUAUGUAUAAGGU